GUCUGCUCGAGAGGGCGUGGCCGAGCCGUGACGUUCUGUUUAUAUUCCUAGCUAGCAGUAAACAGUCAGUACGGUAUCCUCUCAGAUCUUCAAACCGUGGACCAGAAACGUGUGCCGUUGUGUCACCCGUGCCCGGGUGCCAUGGUCCUCAGUUACACAUGAGCUCUACUAUGUGGUACAUCAUGCAAAGCAUUCAAAGUAAAUACUCCUUGUCUGAGCGGCUCAUCCGCACCAUCGCAGCCAUCCGCUCAUUCCCACACGACAAUGUGGAGGAUCUCAUUCGUAAGGGAGCUGAUGUGAACCGGAUGCAUGGCACACUUAAGCCCCUGCACUGUGCCUGCAUGGUCGCUGAUGCUGACUGUGUGGAGCUGCUGCUGGAGAAAGGUGCAGAGGUGAAUGCUUUGGAUGGAUAUAACCGCACAGCACUGCACUAUGCAGCAGAGAAGGAUGAGAGCUGCGUGGAGCUGCUGUUGGAGUAUGGGGCCCAGCCUAACGCCCUGGACGGCAACAGGGACACCCCACUUCAUUGGGCUGCCUUCAAAGAUAACCCGGAGUGUGUGAGGGCCCUGCUGGAGAGCGGGGCCUGUCCCAAUGCUCGGGACUACAACAAUGACACGCCUUUGAGUUGGGCAGCAAUGAAGGGCAACCUGGAGAGUGUUAAAGUGCUAUUAGACUACGGAGCCCAGGUCCAUGUGACCAACCUGAAGGGCCAGACCCCUAUCUCACGACUGGUGGCGCUGUUGGCCCGGGGCCUGGGCACUGAACAGGAGGAGGAGUGCCUGGAGCUGCUGUGCCGGGCAGCAGGGCGCUUUGAGAUCCGACGGGCUGACGGCACCCCUCCCAGGGAGCUGAGUAAGGAUCCUCAGCUGCUGGCGAGGCUGACCAACAUGGUGGCUCAGGCUCCCUCACUUCGCUCUCUGGCACGCUGUGCUGUCCGGCAGAGUCUGGGAGUCCAGUUCCUCCCCACUGCUGUAAAAGAGCUUCCUUUACCAGAGACUAUCAAAGACUAUCUACUGCUGAGAGACUGAGGAUAUGAAGCCAUUUGAGGGGCUCUCAGACCUCAUUUGCUGAUUUGCUCAUUAAGCAGCUUUUACUGGCAAGGAAGUUUCUCCAUUGAGUUUGAGAAUAUUUUCUGACAGUGGCCCUCAUUAAUCAAACCUUGCAAAUGAAUACAGAUUUGUGUAGUGGGAGACACAGACCUUUCUUUUUUUUAAUUAUCUAGUGGUUGCACAACAUCUAAAUGAGCAGCGCAGAUUGGUAAGUUUGAUCAAUUUCAGUUGUGGGACAAAAGCUGCACCAAGUUCAUGUUCACAUUGUGUCAAAUGAACAUCUGAAAAUUAUGCACUUUUUGAGCUGCAUCAUAAGAAUUGAUCUACAUGAAGCAAGUUGUGUCCUCCAGGGAGGGUUGGAUCAGAGGCAGCAGGACUUAGUUGUAGAAACGAAAAAGUUUCGCAUCUCGUUCAAGGGGCUUCUACGGUUUUAACUGCCUGGUUGGCAGUCCCAGAUAUCUAACCUCUGUGGGGUAAUUAUCAUGGUCGUAGAAACCACUUGGGUGUGGCUGGCUGUGUGAAUGACACCUGUUAAGGUUGUCACAUAAGGCCAACAAAAUGGACACAUUUUCAAGUUCUACAAGUCCAGUUGCCUUUAAUUGAGCCCUCCUCGGAUAACCAUGACUGAGAAUCUUCAAAUUGAUCUUUUACAAAGAGCCAGUGCAUCUUUUAAAAUUUAAUUAGGCUUAUUAUUAUUUUUUUUGUAUGAAAAAUUGACAUUUUUGUAUUGAGUAUUACAUUUUAAACUUAAGUAUAAAAAAAUGCUAUUAUAAGUUGUCACGGAGCAUGAGAAAAAUCUUAUUUGUUGAGUUUGGUAGUAAAAUUGGUAUUUGCGCAGUGUAAAAAUAAUAUUUAAAUGUAAGUUAGGUUUAUGAAUGAGGGCUAAUGUCUAAUGGUGCAGGCUGUCCAGUAGUUCUGUCAGAGGAUGCAGUUCCUGAAGUAGAGCUCAGGAAUGAAUGUUAUGUAGUUACUUUAAUAGUUGGAGUGGCCCUCUCUCUCCCAGUGACAUCCCAGUGAACUUGCAAUCCGGUCGAUUUUGAAAAACCAAGGGAAAAACAAAUAGUACAAUAAAAUUGCACUUGUUGGGAAGUUUUAUUUGUAUUGUAGAAGCAACAAAAGUUUGCAGAAUGUUAUCAUUGGUUUGACAGAUUGAUUCACAAACUUCGGCAAAAGCACUAAUCUUGCCUCCUUCUAGUCCUCUGAAAAUGUUCAACGCUGAUAAAAGUGAACAUGCCUGCUGUCAUUUACUGUUUCUUGGGUUUUAUUUGAAUAAAGGAUAAAGGGUGCAGUUGCCAAGGAGGAGUAAAAUGUUCUUUCCUUUUUUUUUUUCCUUUUUUUACAAUGGAUGUUUUCAGUCUUAACUUGAAAAAGUUGAUUUUCAGUGGUGCUCCCUCAUCCAGAAUUUUGCACCAUUUGUUUCCAUUUACUUUGAAUUAAAUGUUAAAAUAUUAGAAGCAAGAAAUGGCAUGAUUACUAAGUUUUUGUCCUUGAAAGACUCACUACAUAAGCUUGCGAAAUGUAUUUAUGUUUGUUAUGGCAUCUGUCUGAAGUAAAAUCUGACCAGUGUUUGAUAUUGUUUGCUUGUUCUGCUGUUGUAUAAAAAUUAACCCCUUAGAUCAUGUCAUGUGUACGCCUGCAAAAGUGCUUUUUUUUCUUUGUCAACAUGGAAGUAAAUGCCUUUAUAUUCCA